AUGCACAGGUCUCUAGUGAAGACCCCAUCGAAGCAAAAGGUGGAGACGAAGCGAUAUUCCUUGAGACAAGAGCCUAGCAACGGACCUAGGCAAAGCCGACCCUUCACCAGGGUCACGGUGAGUUUAGCCAAAGUUUUUCACGAGAACAAGGGCAAAGGUAUAUUUCGAAAGCCGCCUGCGAUCCGCGAAUCCCCAAAAAAGCGAGACAGGAACAAGAUGCGGGCCCAUCAUAAUCACUUUGGACAUACUACUGACGAGUGCCGAAGUCUCAGGUAUCAGGUGGAGGCAAUGCUGAGAAAGGGAAUGUUAUCCCAGUAUCGCACUAAACCUGAGAAUAGGGCAAAUGAAGAGGGUGGGUCAAAAACAAUGACUAGCAAUAUCGCAAAUGAAGAACUGCUGGAGAUCAACACCAUCCACGGUCGACCGAAUCCUGUGGAAGGAAAAGAGGCUCGAUCCCGGUUCAAAAAAAGACAAGCUGAAAAGGUAAAAAGAGUGAUGAUUGAUGGGGGAAGUAGCGCAGACGUGUUAUUCUGGAGCACCUUCAAAAGAAUGAAGCUAGAUGAAAAGGAGAUUCAGCUAAACCCAACACCAAUCUAUGCGUUUGAAGGGACAAAAGCUCAACUGAUCGGAGACUUGACUCUGUCGGUUAUUGCCGCAUGUAAGACCCUAUUCGUUACUUUCGUAGUUGUAGACGCGCCGAGUGCAUAUAACGCUAUAAUGGGAAGAAACUGGAUUCAUCGAAUGGAUGGAGAAGCAUCGACACGUUGCCAGGUGAUGAGGUGCAUGUCCGAAGAUGAGAGAACCACAGUCGAUAUCAAGGGGGAUCAAGUGGAGGCCAGACGAUGCUACAACAUAGCAACUAACUUUAAGGCUGCAACUCCGCAGCAGGGGGAGGAUUUAUAG